AUGACCAGUGCUCCAUGCGCACACGAAUCCACCAUUUUGUUCCGAUUCCCAUCGUCGUCUGGGAGUCUGUCUCCUCCUCCCAUCUUACCAUUGUCGCCCGAUCUGGCGUACCAAAACCAACCGGGGCCCUCCAAUCUCUACCUCGCCCUCCCGCCGCCUGAAGACGAGAUCCCCGACCUUGACGAGUUACCCUCCAAACAACCACCCUUGCCCCCACCUACCACGCCUGCUCCUACCAUGUCAGGACACCACCGCAUCACUCUCGCCACCAACCCCCCCUAUUUCAAUGGGGACAAGACCAAAUACAUGGGCUUCGUGGACUCGUGCACCACCUACAUUGGUGCAUACCGGUCAGAAUUCUUGCUGGAUGAAACCAAAAUCCUCUUCAUCCUCUCGUACCUCUGCAACGAGACUGGCACAAGCUGCGCCGCCUCAAGAUGGGCGAUGAACUGGAAGCAGCGCAACUUCGAGAGCCUUAAUGGACUGAAGGCUGGGAAUAGACAAUCCUUUGCGGAUUAUAUCUCCGACUUCGAGAUGCUGGCUGCGGACACAGGGUACAACGUGGUCACCUCCACCGAUUCAAAGGGCAAGUACAAGAAGGGGGAUCAGGACAACAUCCUCAUCGAGUUCCUUGAGCGCGUAUGGCGCCUUCAAGGACUGCUGCGCAAAGCAUUGCAUGGGCACUCCGCACCACGACCGCCUCCCCAGUUUCGUCCCCAGGCGGCACCAGCCGCGCCCACACCCGCUCCAACCCGACCCGCCGCUAACAAACCAGUUCCAAUAGAAAUUGAUCGCACCCAUGCCCGGGGCCGCAAUAUCAUUUGCUACAACUGUCAGCAACCCGGACACAUUGCGCGGAACUGUCCAGAACCGAGGAAGAAGCGCACAUUCUUCAACAGGGCCACGAUGCUUGAAGAGAUCGAGAACGGGGACAAGGACAACGAGUUCCUCAAGGAGAUCACCGAGAAGCUGCGCGAGAAGGGUUUUUGA